UUUUCCCAUCAGCCAAUCAGGGGCUAAUGCUGGCGUAGUGACCUCAGAGCUAGCCCGCAGAAAGAACUUGCACACGGAAGGAGGGAGUUCUUGGUACCAGCAGAGCAGGAGCGACAGCAGCUGCAGUCAUGUGUGACUUCUCGGAAGAUCAGACCGCUGAGUUCAAGGAAGCUUUCCAGCUCUUUGACAGAACUGGAGAUGGCAAGAUCCUGUAUAGUCAGUGUGGAGAUGUGAUGAGGGCCCUGGGCCAGAAUCCCACCAAUGCUGAGGUCAUGAAAGUUCUGGGGAACCCCAAGAGUGAUGAAAUGAAUGUGAAAACUCUGAGCUUUGAACAGUUCCUACCCAUGAUGCAAACCAUUGCCAAGAACAAGGAUCAGGGCUGCUUCGAGGAUUACGUGGAGGGGCUGAGGGUCUUCGACAAAGAAGGGAAUGGCACAGUCAUGGGAGCAGAGAUACGUCACGUUCUUGUAACUCUAGGAGAGAAAAUGACUGAGGAAGAAGUAGAGAUGCUUGUGGCUGGCCACGAAGAUAGCAAUGGUUGCAUUAACUAUGAAGCAUUUGUGAGACACAUCUUGUCAGGGUGAAUUCGAACGGGAGUUGGUGCGGAUGGUACUGAGCGGCUGAAGAUCACCACUAGCUUCUCCCGUGGAAGUCUCCUCCAGUUUAUCCUUAAAAUUUUUGUGCCUUCUUUGUGUGUAUGAACCUACUUUUCAUUUCUUCUUCAACCUCUUGGCUUAGUUCUUGGCGGUUGGGGAAGAAAACAGUCUGAAGAAGGGUGCUCCUGAGUCCAAGUAACAUUUGCAGGGAAGUGACCUCUGGCUGCUGGCUUGUCUUGCAUCACUGUUUCCAGAAAUAUUCAGCUAUUUCUCCCUAUAAAUUGCUUUAAUAAACUGUUCCAAAAGUG